CAGAUAACUAUGUUGGCUCAGCCUGUUUGCCAGGAUGAAAUCGUGGCAGAACAAAUUUCACCAAAUUCUUCCAUUUUUUUCUGCGGAGUUGCAGGCUAUUUAUUUAGCCCUAAAGUAUAUAAAUAGGAAAGGUCAUCGUUGCUGCGCAAUUUACACUGACUCAGUUAGUGCACUUCAGGCUUUGAUCUGGUGUGAAUGUCGUUCUCACUCUAUAGUGAUUAAAAUUCAGAAAUUAAUUUGCCAUCUUACUAUGUGCAACUUCUCUAUAAAGUUUUGUUGGGUCCCAGGCCACGUGGGUAUAAGAGGAAAUGAAGAAGCUGACACAGCUGCUAAGUCAGCAAGUCCUUCACAGAUUACAAUGCAUAUCGAAGGAGGUGAUUUGAAGCUAGUCGUUAAAAAUCGACUAGCAGAGAGAUGGCAAAUUAUGUGGAAUGCACAAAUCCACAAUAAACUACACGAGAUCAAACCUUUGGUUGAAAAUUGGACACGUAAUAAGCAGUAUGAUAGGAGAUCUGAGGUUGUCCUUUCUCAUCUGAGAAUUGGACACACUCGACUGACUCAUCAAUACCUUUUGAAGGGUGAUGACCAACCUGUAUGUCAAUAUUGCAAUUGUACUGUAAGUGUUAAACACAUACUUUGCAACUGCGCUGCUCUUGAUCAAUGUCGUAGACCGCAUUUUGGAAAUGCAAGUUUGAGAGAGAUUUUGGGCCAGAGGCCAAAUCUUGAUAAGAUACUGAACUUUUUGAAAGUUGUAAAUAUUUAUAAAGAGAUUUAAUUAAUUAAUCAAUUAUUCAUAUACUUAUUUAUUUAUUUAUUAUAUACUUAUAUUU